AUGGCACGCGGUGGUGGAGGUGGGUUUGGCAGAGGCGGAGGCGGCGGCUUCGGUGGUGGUGGUGGUGGCCGCGGCUUCGGCGGCCCACGAGGUGGAAGGGGCGGCGGUGGUCGUGGUGGCCGUGGUGGUGGUCGUGAAGCAGAACCGGAUCCACCAGAGACAUUGGAGCUCAUUGGCACCUUCAUGAACGCUGCAGAGGGGGACCUUGUGUACAAAGUCACGAUCCCUGAGGUGGUGCCGCGUUUUAAUGCGUUUGUGUACACCGAGAAUAAGGCUAAAAUUGGUAAGAUUGAUGAGGUGAUGGGAAGCACUACCGAUGUGAUGUUUUCGGUGAAGCCCGUCCCUGGGGUCCAAGCAGGGUCUAUUAGUGAAGGGGAUAGCAUUUUUGUGUCCCCGACACAGAUCACCCCAAUGCGUAUUUUUACUGAUCCACCAAAGCCGCGAGGACGCGGUGGCCGUGGAGGCGGCGGUCGUGGCGGCCGAGGCGCAAACGGUGGCGGCGGUGGUCGUGGUAACUUCGGCGGCGGUGGCGGCGGUAACUUCGGCGGCGGUGGUCGCGGUAACUUCGGCGGCGGUGGUCGCGGUAACUUCGGCGGCGGUGGUCGCGGUAACUUCGGCGGCGGUGGUCGCGGUAACUUCGGCGGCGGUGGUCGCGGUAACUUCGGCGGUGGUGGUCGCGGUAACUUCGGCGGUGGUGGUCGCGGUCGUGGUCGUGGCUACUAA